UAUCUUCUAGAAAUGAAAAGCUUAAUUCUGCCCCCUGAACAUAUUCUGAAGAGAGGGGACAGUGAAGCAAUAGCAUAUGCUUUCUUUCAUCUUCAACACUGGAAAAGAGUAGAGGGGGCAUUGAAUCUCCUACACUGUACAUGGGAAGGCACUUUCAGAAUGAUCCCCUAUCCACUGGAAAAAGGACAUCUUUUCUACCCUUACCCUAUUUGUACAGAAACUGCAGAUAGAGAACUACUACCAUCAUUUCAUGAAGUUUCAGUUUACCCCAAGAAGGAGCUUCCCUUCUUCAUCCUCUUCACCGCUGGACUAUGUUCUUUCACAGCUAUGCUAGCCCUCCUGACGCAUCAGUUCCCAGAGCUUAUGGGGGUCUUCGCAAAAGCUUUCCUCAGCACCCUCUUUGCCCCUCUAAAUUUUGUGAUGGAAAAAGUAGAAAGUAUCCUGCCCUCCAGCCUGUGGCACCAGCUGACGAGGAUCUGAGGGAGCACGCCUGCUGACUGACUGCUAUGGCAUCUUCUGUGCCAACGUUUUGUCGACCACAAGAAAGCAUGAUAAAAAAGGGAAGCAGUUCUAAGACUUAAAAACUCUUCAUGGAUUGUCUGUUCUCAUAUAAAAACUGUUUUGUUGUACAAAAUACAUUGAUGUUAGGUUCUAUUAUAUUUUGCCUUCAGAAAAGAAAAACUUAAAAAUAAACUUUUGUGUAUUG